CCGUUAGCUUUGGUCGGUCAGAUUUUUCGCUCCUUCAUUAAUUGACCAUGGAACAGGCGGCUGUAUUCGUGACAUUUCUAUAUUUUUCAACCUUUGUCGGGUUUAUACUCUCGGCUCCAGAAAGAUCUUCAGAAAAACAACAAUUUGAAAUAAGAUUUAUUGGCUCCAAGGCCAAUUCUCAAACGGACUCCAAUCGACACCAUGGUACCCACAAAGUGGCUUUAAUCAAUACAGGCGCGGAGGAUGAGACACGGAGAAAGACUUUUGUGGAUGAUGAAGGAAAUCUCAAUCAGAAAAGUACUUAUGAUUCAACAAAUACCGCUGUUAUCAACAAAACAGAAGUUUACACACAAAGUAAGACUUUAGAUGAUAUUAACGAUACAAAAUUGAAUUCGACAGAAAGAACAUUUUCAGAAAACGAAGCACGUGCUGCUCUUAAAAAUGGCCACAAGCCGAGAAUAAGAACGCUACGUGAUGAAAAUGUAUUGGCUGAAGCGGACCUGAAAACGGGAACGGAUUCGAACCCAGAAAAAUCGGUAGAUGUGAUGAAACUCCGGGAACAGGAACAUAUUGAGCAAAUAAAGCGCCGUGUUUUAGAAAAGCUUCGUAUGGACUCUCCUCCACAACUCCACGGUCCCCGACCUGCACUUCCUUUCAAAUACCUGCAGCACGAGUAUAUGAACGAUGGGUCGGAUGCGAGAAAACGGCGAAGAGCACAUCCGAACUUUUACGCAAGGAAAAAACAAGUGCUUGUAACGGGAUCAGACGUGACAGUCGAAUGUACAAACAAGAAGGGUGCCGGAUGCUACCAUUUUGACGUGGAUGGAAAGGUAAACCCUAACGACAUCUUUUCAGCGGAGAUCUGGAUUUACAAGCUUUUCCACCAUCAUGAUCCCCAUAUCCAAACAUUCAUUGUAUCCGAACUGAAACAAGACAAUCAGGGUAGGCGCCGCCCUAAAAACAUGGUAAAUAGGGUCGAAACCUCUGUAAAAUACGGCUGGCUCAAAAUAAAAGUGAAAAGGUCGGUCAUUCGCUGGCUCCAGAAGCCACGACAAAAUCACGGGAUCGCCAUUGUCUGUAGAAGUUGUAUACGAAAGAAUCCAAGGACAAUAUUCAGUUUUAAAAGUGAUACCAGGCCAUUUUUGGUAAUAACGACCAAGAAAGGACACAAUGUUCGACAUACAAGAAGCACGCCACGCAUUUGUACGGAGAGGUCGACAGAGUGUUGUAUGAAACCCCUUACCAUCAACUUCAACGAUAUCGGCUGGGACAGCGUAAUCAGCCCCGUGUCGUUCCAAGCAAACUACUGUUACGGUUCAUGCGAAGGCCAGCACCAGGCUCACUAUAACCACACCCAGAUGAUACAGGACCAUCGGUGGAACCAAGAAGAAUGGAACACGAUGAGACAGUUGAGGCCAUGUUGUGCUCCAAUUUCGUACAGCUCGAUGUCCAUCAUGUACAUCGUAAACAAUGACUUACAGGUAGAUUUCGUCCCCAACCUGGUGGCCACGGCAUGUGGAUGUGUGUGAACAAACAAGUGCUUGCUGCCUUAUAGACUGGCUUUGAUUGGUUACUUUUGAGUAGGGGUAGUCAGGUACAGUGACUACGAUGUAUAACUGUGUCCUAGUUGUUGCUCUAAUGCUUUAAUGUGCAAGUAACUAUUUUUGUAGCUGUGUGACAUAUUGGUGGUCGUCUAGGUGCAGGUGGCUUCAGUAAAUGGAUGUGUGUAGGGGUGGUGGAGAAUGCGCAGGUGUCUGUCAUUUGUGGCUAUGUACCAGUUGCUCCUAUGCUUGCAUGUCUAGUAGUGACAAUUGCACAUGUUGCAUAUUCACUACGAUGAAUGGUUAUGGUUAGCAGCGACAGCCGUCCAUGUGCUGAUUUUAAUUGCGAUGUUUGGCUGAAUGUAUGAUACGGGAUGUGUAUUUGGCUGUGUUUAGCAGACAUCGUGUGUGUCUUUGUGUAGCGACCACCGUAUGUAGCUCUGUGUAGCGGCCACCGUAUGUGACUGUGUGUAGCGGUCACCGUAUGUGGCUGUGUGUAGCUGCCACCGUAUGUAGCUGUGUGUAUCG